AUGUUCGCAAACGAGAUUGCCGAUCUUGCUUCGACGGAGCGGCCUCACUAUUUUCGGUUCAAUGUUGACCAAGGGCUAGAGAAUAUUGAGCUGGAAGAGUGGCGGGAAUUUGAAACUCUCACAGUGGCCACUGACCCCUAUCUAGAGGCUCAUCGAAGAGACGUUGAUUCUUGUGUGGAAGCGUUCCUCGGGUUGAUAGAGUCCAAAAUGUCCAUUGAACAAUCAUUCAUGACUUGCGUGGGCGUAAUUUACUCAAAACACCCGUCAUUCCGCGAGUUUGCGAGCCGUUCAGAGCCCUUCGAUGUUGUCCGUGCACGGUUACAGACACCUGCUCACUACCCAUGGCUGAUUAUCAUCGAUGGGCUAGAUAAUUUGAACGUUUCAGAACGUCUCAAAAUCGAAGCCAACGCAAUCGUUAAAGUUGGUCCCUUGAAACCUGUGGAUGCCCGGUCACUUUUCCUCUACCGGGCUCAGAACAUUGACCAAAACACCAACGAAGAAUUGGACGAGGGUGAAGAGUCUUGA